AUGCUUAUAAUCUAUGCCUAAAUAAGUAUUUGUGGAUGCUAGACAAGUGCCCCAAAUCAUUAUUAUGAUUUUGCAAAGAUAAAGAGUGUUAAUGGAAUGAAAUAUGCCUUUGAUCAAAGAACCAAAAGUGAUAUUACAGCUUUUGGAUUUUUAACUGAGAGGAAAUGUCCAAGUUAAUAGAUAUCUUGGCCUUAAGCCGGUCCAGAAGGGCUAUAGUUCACAACUCCUACUGAUUCUUUAAGGCUUGAGAAUUCAAAUAACCUUCAAAUGACAGAUAAGUUUCUAAUAGCAGUUUGGAUAAAAAUGCCUUUUUGUGAUGCUACAAGUUAAUUCUGUAGAGGAAGGCAAGAAACAUAUAUAACUCAGUAAAAAUUUGAAAAUCCAGGGGUAAAUAACAUAUUGUACUAAUUGGGAUUGAGUUGGUAGACUGAUAAAAUCUAAUUUAUGGCGAAAGUAAAUUAGGUGCCAUAUCCAGGAGCUCUUUUAUAUGGUCAAGUUACUAGAUAUGCAGGUUCUAAUGCUAAAUUAGCAUAAGGAGGGUGGUUUCUACUUGCUCUUUCAGUUGACUCUUCUUCUUAUACCAAAACUAUGAUAUCUAUGAGAAUUAGAGGAGGACCAAAUGGAAAUGAUAAUGUAGUUUUUACAGAAAAUGGUAAAAUAUACAUGGAUGCUGAAGCGAAAAAAUGUGAUACUUUUAUUGGGGCAUAUUGCUUCAAUAACUAAGAGUAACGAUUUGGGCCAUCUGUCAUAAUAUCAAGACUUUAUAUAUGGAAGAGUUUUUCAAAUAUAGAUAGAGAUUCUGAAUUUGAUUAAUAUUUCUUCAGAGCAGGAAAUUCAAUGACUCCCACAUGCUAGGGCUUGAUUGCUUGCAAAUUUUGUAUAAUUGGAUUGUAAGAAUUUACAACCUCACCUACUGUUGAUGCAACUCUAAAGUGUCCUACAGAAAAUAGCAAUUAUAAAAUUAUUCUAGCAAAUUGGGACUUUGACGAUGAAACUAAGAUUACCAAGUACAUUAAGGACAAGUCAGGAAACGGUAUAAAUUUCAUGAAGGAACCUUUAGAUGAUAUUACCUCUAAUGAAGUUUCCAGAAUAUAUGGCUAAGGAUAUAUGUUCUAUGGCCUGUCUUACUUAAGAUCUGUAUUAUCUCCAAAUCUAUAUAGUUACCCACAAUUUACAGUUGAUAUUUGGCUCAGAAAAUACUUAUCCAAAGAUGAUUUUCAUUAUCCUGUAACCGAUAAAUCAGUGAGACCAUUUAGAAUCAUAGAUGGUGAUGGGAAUACUCUAUUAGAGGUUUUCAUUGAUAACAUAACUUCAUCUAUCGGGAUUGAAGACAGUGCAGGCAAAAGAAUUGUGUAGAUGCCUGAUGCUGAUAUAUUUAGCUCAACAAAUUGGCACUUCUUCCAGAUAACAUUUAAUAGAUUCAAUGCUAAGAAUCUAAUUGAUUCUCAAGAAGACCCUCUUUUUCAAUAUUCUGAUACUGCUAGACUUAAAAUCGAGAACAGCUUGACAAUGAUUUACAAGAGUAUGAAGAUAUAUUCUUAUGCGAAGACUUAGUAAGAAAUGAGUUUGUCUUAUAGUACUUCAUGCGGACAGAUUGGAAACCAAGACCAAUGUGAGAUUUGUCCUCUUGAGACCAAUAAAUGCCUUAGUAAGUGCAAUUUAAGAGAAUAUGGCGAGAAUUGUGAUAUUUGCCAUAAAUUUUGUGAGCAUUGCACCGGUCCAAAUGUGGCUGAUUGUGUGAGUUGCAGCAGAAAUGGAAAUGAUUACAACUCUCUAUACUCUAAAACCUAUGGAAACUGCACUUGCAAAUCUGGCUACUACUAUGAUAAGGGCAAUAACAAGUGUGAUAUCUGCCAUGGCAAUUGCUAAGAAUGCUUUGGUCCAGAAAAGUCAUAAUGUUUUUACUGCAAAGAUGAUAAAAGCUUUUAUCCGCCAUUUUUAUGCGUUGAGGAUUGUAAGGACUAAUUAGUGACUCAAGGAGGAAGUGGGUCAUUUUACGAGCGAAAGUAAUCAAUGAAUGGAAAAGAAAUUAAAAUUUGCAGCAAAUGCCAUCCGUAUUGCAAGACUUGCUUUGGAGACUUAAAUACUUAAUGUGAUGAGUGCUAAUUAGGGUACUUCCAAAAGGAUUAAUCUUGCUUUGAUGUUUGCCCUCCUGGAUUUUAUUCCAAUUCGUAGACAAUGGAGUGUGAUCCUUGUCAUGCAGAUUGCGCUCUGUGUAGUGGCCCUGGCUAGGACAAGUGCAUCAAAUGUGCAAACCCAGCUUUAUAUCAAACAAGCGGAAUGUGCAAAGAUAAAUGCGAUGACAACAAGUUCCCAGAUGUUACAAGCAAGACAUGCCAAGGUUGCAACAAAGCAUGUGUGGUGUGUACUACAAGGUUUGCCAGUGACUGCUCAAGUUGCAGUCCUGGGUAUUACCUAGAGUGGUAGGGCACUACUUGCAGGACAUAUUGUGAAGAUGGUUACUAUCCAGAUGAUGUAACAAACCAAUGUUUAAUGUGUCAUUAUUCAUGUGAAACUUGCACUGGAGCUGGUCCAGACAUGUGCACUAUCUGUUCACCAGGAUAUUACAGAAAGGGCAAGCUAUGUGUAUCAGCUUGUGCUUUUGAUGAGUUCCUAGUUAAUGAUACCUGCAGAUCCUGCGAUCCAAAAUGCUCAAGUUGCUUUGGCAUAUCUUAAAAUUAAUGCUACACGUGUGCUGAGAAUCUUGAUACUGGAAUCGGCUAUUUUUAGCACAAGACUUCUUGCCUAUCAACAUGUCCUGACGGCUUCUAUCCUGACUACAUACUUAAGAUUUGUAGCCCAUGCAAACCCGAAUGCGCCACUUGCAACUCUCUCAAUUUCUGCACCUCUUGUGUGUACGGACCUUACCAGUUAAACGAUGGAGAAUGCACUCACUUUACUUGUCUAGACACCUAGUACAGAGCCUUAAAGCCUUAGCUCUCCUGCUUUGAAUGCGACUCAACUUGCUAGACUUGCUAAGGAGUCAGUAAGUACGAUUGUUUAUCUUGCAAAGCUAAAGAUAAAUUUGUGGCUUAGCAAUGUUUGAGUUGCAAUCAGCAACCAGGAAUGACAGAACCUCUAGAUGAUAGCUCUACAGAAUGUAUUGAAAUAUGUGGUGAUGGUUUCAAUUAUGGAUUUUAUCAAUGUGACGAUGGGAACUUAAUAAAUGGAGACGGUUGCUCGUCUACUUGUAGUAUCGAGCAAGGGUACUAUUGCACUCCUGGAACUAAGUACACACCAAGUAUCUGCUAAGACAAUAAGAAUCCUACACCUAGAGUAAGUAUGGUUACUGCUAAUAACCUUAUCUAUAUUGAGUUCGAUGAGGAAGUCAUACUAAGCGAAGAGCUAAACUCAAACACGCUUGAUGUGUAGAUAACGGGUAUUCAGAGUUAAUACAAGUUUGAUUGGAAACUCAGUGACGCUUAUAAGAUCACUGAUCCUGUUUAGAUCAUAGUAAUAGAAUUGAGUGUCUACUAAUCGUUGAAGGGAGAGGAAAAAGAGAGAUUGUCUCUUACCUUCUUAUCCCCGAAUACCUAUAAAGACCCUACUGGAAAUGGAAUGGCACUGAAACCACUUUAUACCUACUUGAACAAAUACGACUACAUUAAUCCUGAGACUAAAGCCAAACUAGAGGCAGCUGGAGACAGUUCAAUGAUGGCUACUCUUGUCGCUGUUCUAAUAAACCUAGGUAUAUCUUUAGUCUUUGGUGGAAGUGUUUCAGCAAUGUGGACAAUGGUUAACACAAUUCAGCUAAUUAGUCUGCUUCCGCUAUGUGAUGUCAAUUACCCAGGAAUCACUCUCUUGAUAUUUGAGAAAAUGCUUGGAUCACAUGGAGAGUCUACAAUAAUACCUAAUUUGUUAUAUGAUAAGUUGAUAGCUCGGCCAGGUACUACUGUUGAAUUGGAACCAGCAUUGAAUUUUAGAUUUAAUGCCUAUGGAUGGAAAAUCAGUAAUUUCAUUUACUUAUCAGGAAGAAAAAUCAUUCUUUGGACUCUAAUCAUCCUAGCCUAUCCCUUUGUUUGGUACAUGAAGAGGAAAUAUGCUGACAAGCACAAGUUUUGCAGAGUUUGGGUAGAUGCUGAAUCUAAAUUUAGAUACACCAUGCUUUUGAGAGGAGUCAUUAUGUCUUAUGUUUCAAUGUAUCUGGCAUUCAUCCUUGGCAUUUUCUAGAUGGAUCUGUCCACUAUGGAGAAUACUGUAUCUGCUUUUACUGCUAUAGCUUUUGGCAUUAUACUGACUUACCUGCCUAUUUUACUGAUGAAUAUCUUAUAGAGAAAUUAUAUAAGAAUCGAAACACCAAAGUUCAUGGCUGCUUACUCUACUAUAGUGAGUGAGGUCGAUCUAAGUCACCCAAUCAGAUAUAUGUACUAUCCAGUAUUCCUUCUAAGAAGAGCUAUCUUUGCUAUCUCACUGGUUAUGCUUAAUGAUAAACCGUUUUUACAGAUCAUUUUUAUGAGUGCGACUGCUAUUGCUAUGAUGAUCUAUGUUGUAGUUAUUAAGCCUUAAAAACAAAGAAUUAUGAUGAUACUUACAGCCUAUGGAGAAGGCUUGCUUUUGUUUUUGCAUGUAUUUUCAAUCUUAUUUCUCGAUAAGGACAUUCCUGAAGAAAAAUCUAAUAUGUAUGGCUGGAUUAUUAUUUUAGUCAUUGGUGUGUACAUCAUAAUUAACUGGGUUGUAAUCAUCAUUGUCACAGUAAGUUAAAUGAAAGAGAAGUGGAGGAAUUAUAAAUUAUAAAAGCUUAAGAAUAAAUCGAAGCUAAUUGAAGAUAAGGAAUACAAGAAGUGGAAAAAGAAGAAGCAGAUUAAAUAGAGGAUAAGCAAAGAAUUGGAAAAGUAGAGCAUGAUUGAAAGGUUUGAAUAAGAGCAAUAGAGAGAACGGGAGUACCUCAACAACAUGGCUAAUUCUCCUUCAUAUAUUAGUAGAAAAUAAGUCAAUCAUAGACAUAAGAGCAUGAUGUCGCCAUUUAACUUGCCUGAUUACAGCAAAAGUCCCUCUACUCUUCUACACAAUAAUGGAGGUGAGGAGAAUGAAUAUCCUAAUAUAUUUUAGACUAAAAAUUAGACUUUGCUUUAAGCAAUGGAAGAAGAUCAUCGAAAAAGGUCAUUUAUGAAUAGCAUGUAAGUAUAUUUACCAAGAGUUUAUCACUAUAGGAACAAAAAUGAAAAGUAUUAGAGUAAUUAUAAUCUUAAAUUGCCUGUCAAUAGAAUGCAAACUGAAAUAAAUUAGCAAUCACCAUUGUUACAGGGAACCUAGCAUGAAUAGUCAACUAAAGAACUUUUAAGUUAAGAGAAGAUUUAGUCUGAAUAAAACCUUUUACCAAGUAAUAACAAUAAUAGUAAUAGUGGAUCAAGUGACCCACUUGAAGAAAAUGAUAGUUUAUCGAUAGCUCAAGACAUCAGCAUUAGAAAUAUGAAUGAUGCUAAUCCUACAUUCAGAAAAAUACAGACUCAAAUACCACCUAUACAAAAUAGAAUUUAGAUUGAGGAACUAGAUGAUGAUUUUAUACAAUUAAGAUAAAAGAAAAGGAAAGAGGCAUGGUGA